AUGGUAGAAACUCGCCAGCAAUCGGAAAUGGAAGCGCUCAAGUCCCUAAUUGAAAACUUGUCCCAGCAAACAGCAACAAUGCAAGCUGCCAUUGACCGUAGAUUCGAUGUUGCUGAAGAAAGAAUGGCGCCCUUGAAAGCGGGGCAUCUAUCUCUUUCUCUUCUAUUAUGUAAUCGGAGGCGACGGGCGGCGACGGGAGACGACGGGCGGCGACGGGCGGCGACGGGCGGCGACGGGCGACGGGCGACGAUCUCUGACAGCGACGGGCGACGAUUCCUCACUAGCGGCGACGAUCUCACACUUCUUCAACAUCAGGGUUUACAAGAUAAUAGCAAUGUGACGGUUGAAGAAUCUGUAGCCAUGUUUUUACUUGUACUAGGACAUGGAGUAAAACUUCGGGUACUUGGAGGUAUCUAUAUCCGUUCAUUAGAGACAAUUAGUAGGCGCUUUCAUGAAGUACUACGUUUGGUUCUCAGUUUAAGUAAGGAUUUUAUAAGAUUACCUAAUCAAGUUGAGAAUGUUGAUGAGAAUGAUCAUAAAUGGAGAUGGUUCAAGGAUUGCCUUGGAGCUUUGGAUGGAACACAUGUUGAGAUGACUAUUCCACUUAAGGAUCAAGGUUCAUCAUCAGAUUCAAAAGUUUUACGAAGUGCAUUAGUGAGAGAAAGGGAUCCAUUUCUUGUGCCGACUGGAAAUUAUUAUCUAGUUGAUGCUGGAUAUGCAAAUACUCCCGGAUUUUUAGCUCCUUAUCGUUCUACUCGUUAUCACCUAAAUGAAUGGUCAAGUCAUGGUAAUCGUCCUUCUAACUAUAAGGAAUUAUUUAACCUACGACACUCUUUAGCAAGAAAUUCAGUAGAGAGAACAUUUGGAUUGCUGAAAAAACGAUGGGCAGUACUUCGUCAACCAUCAUUUUUUGGUACUAAUACACAGGUUCGUAUUAUUAAUGCUUGUUGUGUUCUUCAUAACUACAUUCGUGAAAUUGCAAGUGAAUUGGAUUAUCCAUUGUUGCAUGAGGUUGAUUGUGAUUUGGCACAACAAUCAAAUGAAGUAUUUGAUGUGGACUAUGAAGAUGUCAUAACAAAUGUACAAGGUGGUAGUCAAUGGACAAAUUUUAGGGAUGAUAUGGCAAGGGAGAUGUAUAGUCAAUAUCAAAUAAGGAGAAUGAAGACUAAAUCGUAUCUCAAAUGGACAUCAAUGAUGGAUAAUGUGCUAACAAAUGUAUUGCUUGAGCAACAUAAUUUGGGAAAUCAUCCUCCUAACGGAUGGAAAUCUGUUGCAUAUGCUGCUGCGGUUAGUGCAUUACACAAUCAAUGUAAUGUUAAUGUUAGUAGGGAAAAUAUACAAUCGCGACUUAAGACUUGGGAUAAACAUUAUGCUGUUAUAAGUGCUAUGCUUGGUACAAGUGGAUUUGGAUGGGAUUGGGAUAGAAAAGUGGUGAAAGUGGAUAGUGAAGAAGUUUGGACAACUUAUGUUAAGGCACACCCAGAUGCGAGUCAUUAUAGAAGUAAAAUUGUUGAGAAUUGGGAAGAUUUGUCAAUUAUUUGUGGACAAGAUAAAGCUAAUGGAAGUGGAGCUGAAACGGCUGAUGAAGGUGCAAGAGCUAUGUUUGAAGAUAUAGAGAGUUGUUCAAAAUUAAGUAAAGAAUCAACUAGUGUAGAACGACCUUCUAAAAGAACUCGUCAUAAUGAUAUGGCCACUGCAAUAUCCAAGAUGGCUGACGUGGUUGGUAAGGCAUACAAUGUUGAAAAGACAAGUACUCAACAAGUUUUUGAUGAACUAUCAAAAAUUACAGACUUAGAGGAGACACAAUUUCUACAAGCGGUUGAUGUACUCACAACAAACGAGAGGAAGUACGAAGUGUUUCUAACAAUCCCCGAGCGUAUGAGGCGUGCAUGGAUUUUGUUACAAAUAAAGAAGUGA